UGCCCAGCCAAGCUCGGCUUUUUGCGCUUGGUGCGCCCUACACGCGCUGCCCGGGAGGUCACCAGCGGUCCGCCCGGCAUCCGCCCGGGCCCUCUGCAGCGCGGGCAGCAAUCGUCUCGUCGGACGGUAGCCAGACACCUGGGAGCUAGCUCCAAGUUCCCGAGACGCUCCAGCGCCACAGGAAGCAAAGACAAAAACAAAGAUGGCCCCCACGCGCCCGCCCGGCGCGCGCAUCACCCCGCUCAAAGUCGACAGCGACAGUGAUGCCGACGAUGAAAGGGAGGCCGACGCCAAAGCACAUGAAAGUUUCAGCGCCGAGCGCAAGGCCAUGUCCGUGAAAAUAAAAAAUGUGUUUGGGAAGCAGAUCAUGGGCGGCGUGUUUGCGAAGAGUCCUUCUUCGUAUGAGGGCGUUCUGUACAAGUCGCGCGUGACGGCCAUCAAGCCUGAAGAGGUCGAGGACCACUGGGACACGGGCUCGGACCACUCCGGUGAUGUGCUGGAGCGGCCGUCGCACCUGGGAGAGAUGGAUGAUGAAAGACCACCAUCAACAGCAGGUGGUCUACCGGCCGACAUGGCUGAUGAUGUGUCGUCCGCCGACGAAUCGGAGCCGGAGGACAUGACGCAGCGCCAACAGUUGGCUGUGACGUUGCGGAACUACUGCAAGAAGGAAAACAACGUCAAGCAUUUAUUGGAUGAAGGGGCGGUUGUGGCCUUAUGUGGUCUUGCUGGGUUAGAUGAUGACCGCAUCCGAUGCGCUGUUGCUGUUGCAUUAUCAAACUUGACGAAACGGGGCGACUAUAUCGAUGCCUUGCUCAAGGCGGGCGUCAUGGUCGCCGUGUUGCAACUCGCGACGGGCCUACCGGCCGCGACGGCGCGAAGACAAGCUAUCUUGAAGAGAAGAUGGGAAUACGGCAUCGCGGACCCGGCGCCCGGUUCGGAAGAACGACGCAGAGAAACGGCGGGUCUACGCGUAGCCUUGCACUGCGCGCGCACGCUCGCGAACAUGUCGUUCUGCCGAGGAGGGGAAGAGGCCAUGGUCGCGGACGGCGUCGUGCCGGCCUGUCGCUUGACGUUGGCCCACGGCCCCAAAAGCGCCGCGAAUGCGUGUGUCCAAGCCUUGUACAAUUUGACGACCGUCGACGAGCCUUACGACGGCCUCGACACGGUCGUAAAAGCGGCCUGCGCUUUGCCCGUGACCGAAUUUAUGGACGCGCGAAGAGUAGCAGCGGCCUGCUGCUGCAACGCUUCCGUGUUCUUCACGAUGCGGGCUCGACUCAUAGAAGCUGGGGCAUUAGUAACACUCAAAGCGGUCGCAGAUGAUGAUAGCCCGGACAACUGGCCCUUCAAGGCUUUUAGGGUGGCCGACGCCGUGGCGAACGCCAUGCACAACCUGGCCGCGGCGCGGUCGUGUCGGAGCGACCUUGUUUCAAGGGGUACGGUGCCUAUAUUAUGCAUGCUGGCGGACUACUGCGAUCCGCAACGUUUAACAGCAGUGGCGCAGACCCUGGCCAAACUCUCAAGAGAUGUUGGUUCUAGAGAUCGCAUCCUGCGGGAUGGCGGUCUCGAGUGCGCGAGAGACAUCGCGAUGCGGGGCCGAGGCCUCGCGUCGGCGACACGACCGUUAGCGGAGGCUCUACUUAAUCUGUCGAGGAGGAAAGGUAGCAUCGAACGCAUUUGUGAAAGAACCUAUGAGGUGAAUGACGAAUCCCUGCAAGCGACCAGAGACGCGAUGGCCGAGAAACCCGAGAAAAGUGGAUUGGAUUUCGACUUUAACAGUGGUAGCACUAUUGAUGAAACCACGUGCUGUACUGGUGUAGUAGCUGCGGAUGUUCUCGUGUUGUUGGCCUCCAGUCAAGACCCGUCCACUCGUUUAGGAUGGAGUCGAGCAUUGGCGCAAAUCUUAGCUGACGUAUCUUCUCAUACCUCAUUCAUCGUGCAGGGCGGCGUGCUCAAACCCAUCAUCACUAUACUGGAAGAACUUGCGAAAGGAGGAGAGACGUCCAAGCAUGCCGGCGGCGCGUCGGUCCAAUUCGUCGAAGCUUUGGCUCUAGCGUGCUACUACGUUUCGACAGGAGGCGAGACGGAAAAAGCUACGGAACAAGGUAUCGGUGCUGCUUUGGUCAAUAUCGGAGAGUGCCUGAAGAUAGCUAUACAAUGUCAUGGGUCCGACGAUCAAGUGAAGCGGGACCGCGCGAAGUUGCGAGGUGGUUUGACCGGACCACCUGUGGAUGAUGAGGACCCUGCGGAAGAGAGAGUAUUAGGAGUGGUCGCCGAGGCGCUGGACAACCUGGCCGCGUGCGCGUCGCCGCCGUCGAUGGACCUGCUCGUGCAAGGUGGUAUGUUACCUUGCUUGACCAUGCUACUGCGGGGCGACGCUCUAGCGGUGCAGGCGACCUGUGCUACGGCCCUCGCAAAUGCAGCAUUCGCCAAGGAUGCUAUUUUUGCGGCGUUUGUGGAGGGUGGGGAUAACUCGCCGCUGACCGAUUUCAGUAAUGCGUUACGGCGCCACAUCUUCGAGCCGGAUCCCGAGAUGGACCCGUCGUCUCCCGAAUAUUUGGGUGCUGAUGUCGUGGGUGCGUGUGAUGCGGCCUUAGUCGGUGGGUGCUGCGCGGCUCUCGCGUCAUUGUCAUAUGAUAAGACAGCAAGGGCCCAAAUGCAAAAGGCCGGCGCACUAAGGGCUGUGUUGGAGAUCACCAAGACCUGUCCCGUCCAGAUUACUCCGGGGGACGAGGGCCACGUCAUUACGACGCGGUGCGCGACGACGCUCUGUAACGUCUCGUCGGACGAGGACGACGAACGACGCCUACAGUUAGUGGAGGACGGCAUCGUUGCUGCGUUGGGGCGGCUGUCCGAAAGCUACUCCGAGGACAUGCAGAAUGAUAUAGCAAGGUGCUUCUGUAACCUGGCUCAUGCUUCCGAGACGCCUUCCGCACUUGUGAAAAGUGGUGCUCUCCAGAUCCUGAUGCUCGUGGGCACGAUGCGGGCCUCCGCCGUCACGACGCGAAAAUGCGUCGCUCAAGCCCUGUGGAACAUCUGCACGCCUUCGACGCUCGAAGCGCUGAUCGCGUCGUCGUUGGCACCUCCGGCAGAAGAGGAAGAUAAGAAGAAGGCCCCGAAGGACAAGACGGACGCCAUGGCCUUCGCCCACGCCUUCGGCCUGCUGGCGGCGCAGGACGACGAGCAGACUUUAGAACUCGUGGCAGCUUUAUUUGCCGCGACGUGUAUGACGAGUGAAGGAAGGAAGAUGCUAGUGCUAGCGAAGAACAAGGUGUUGCACGGUGCCUAUACCUUGCUACGGUCGAAGACGCGCUCGACCCGUUUAACCGCCGGUCUGGCGGCUUGUAACUUGUUGCGGGACUCGGGAACGUCGAAAGACGCGGCUCGGACGGGAGCCUUACACGUCGUGCGCGUCCUGAGCGUCCAGGGUGAUGAUGCGGCGUCGUUGGCGUGCUGUGGCGCAUUAGCAGCGAUUACGGGGAGAGGCGACGAGGACCAGAUCAAACUAGUUGCCAGAGAUGGCGCGGCGCCCGUGCCGGUUCAUUUAGCUCUGACUCAUGAUGUGCUGGUUGCGAGGGCAGCGGUGCGAACGAUCGCGUGUCUCGCGAUCCAUGAAUGUUUGCGAGGUCCUCUGGUCAAAGCCGGCGCGCCGACGGCACUAGUUGGUGCAUGUUUACGGGACGCGAAGGACCGCGACGCAAAUGCGGACGCGGUGGCGCGGGGCAUGUUGUACCUGUCGGCGUCUCCGGAAUUAGUUCCGGACAUGGUCUCGCAACGAAGUGUCGCCGGUCUAGCUGUCCUCGGCAAGCACGUGGCACGACGAAGAUCUAAGGGAGACGCCAACGCGACAGCUAGAUUGGCAGAUGUGCCCAAAGCGGUCGUGGCCUGUCUUCGGAGGUUCGCCGCGGAUAGUUCCGUUCAUGAGCAGCUUGUCAAUGAUGGCGGCGCGGCUUGCGUCGCCCAACUUUGUAUUGGCCCCGGUAAUGAUAUAGAACACUGCGCAAGGGACGCGGCGGCCUUCUUCUGUGAUAUUGCAAGGACGGCGUCACUGGCGUCCGAUCUCGGGCGGGAUGCGUCAGGAGCCGCUCUACUCGCCCUAUCAUCACAAUCAUCUGUGAGUGACGAUCAAGCAGGCCAGUGGCGUGUACUAAGGGCGCUCUUUGAUUUGACGCAUUAUGAUCCUGCGAGGAGAGGCGAUCUUGUGAAUUCAGGCUGCUGUCUGGCCGUCGAAAAGCUCUCGACGACGGCCAACGUCCAAGCGAGGCAGUGCGCCGCGGCGUGUUUGUGCUACCUGAGCGAGCAUAAACCGUCAAGAUCAAGAAUGGUCUCGGACGGCGCGGUGGACGCGCUCGUACGAGCCGCGGAAGAUACGCGAGCGAACGACGUCACGAAGCACUGGUGCGCCGUGGCACUGGCGAAUUUGAGUGCAGAAACCGAGGUGAGCAAGGGCGACGUCGCAGCUUUACUCAACGUUACUUUCAGUGAAGUCACGUCAUCUCCAGUCAAAUCGAAUUCCGUGUCGUCGUCGGAGGAGGCUCCCUUCUCGCCGUCCGGCACAUUGACCCGAAAAAUGACGACGCGCGUCAAGGCCGUCUUACACGGCGUCGGCGAGGCCUCGGCGUCGACCAAUGAACUGAUGAAAGGGAGUGGCAAUUUACUUGAUGCUUCUCCUUUGACUCCUGAUUGGUCAAUAUUGUCAGGAGAGGGCCACGCGGCGUUCGUCGCGGCGACCUUGGCACAGGCGCCCGCGGCGCACCACGACGCUUUACCUCCGCGCAAGUCCGCGGGCGUCGCCGAGGCCGCGCGCGUCACUGCGAAAGUGGAAGGAGUCGACCCGCCGCGGGUGGUGCAUGACUUCACCGAGUGCGCCGCGUUGGAGGACUCCGUGCCGCUCGAGGACUUCGCCGCCGACGACGUGCUCCACGUGGGCUUUCCCAAGCUGCAGGAUCCGCCGCCGCUGGAUCCGCCGUCUGAGUAAUGGAGUACGGUAGUAGU